AAAAUGGCGCCCAGCUCGAAAACCGAAAAGGACGGUAACAAACAAACGCAGAGAAAACACAAAGAACAUGUCGUCAAGCUUCUGAACCGUGGAAAGUUGUCGGGCCAGUAUUCUCAGCGCUUGUUCAGGAAACUACCACCGCGUGUCUGUGUUCCCCUGAAGAACAUAGUCAGCGAGGAGUUCCUCAGAGCAGGACACAUCUUCCUGGGGUUCACUAAGUGUGGUCGUUACGUGCUGUCCUACACCAGUGACUGUGGAGAGGACGAUGACUUCUCCUUCUACACCUAUCACCUCUACUGGUGGGAGUUCAACCUACACAGCAGACUCAAACAGGUGCACCAUGUGCGUCUGUUUACAGGUGAGGACAUCUACAGUGAUCUCUACCUGACAGUGUGUGAGUGGCCCAACGACCACUCCAAGAUCGUCAUCUUUGGCUUCAAUACUCGUAGCUCCAGCUCAGUGUUGAUGAAUCUGAUGAUGAGUGAUGAGAACAACAGAGAUAUCUACAUCACCAUCGCCUCCAUGCCUCCUCCCAGACCCUGCUCUCAGUGCUGCCCUACAAACACCUCUACCAUACACACAGGUAGUGGAGAGUGUCUGGAACAUGGCUAUAUGUUGAACAGUCGGUACCAGGUGGUCUAUCCCUUCCCUACCUUCCAGCCUGCCUUCCAGUUGAAGAAAGACCAGGUGAUCUUCCUCAACACCUCCUAUUCCCUGGUGGCCUGCUCUGUGUCCCUCUGUCCAGCAGGUGAGCAGGGUCAUUCCUCUCAGAUCUUGUUCAGAAAGAGAGCCACAGCACCCACCUCAGAACAUCAAUCCACUCCAUCGCCCUCUUCAUCCUCUUCCUCUCACGGGUCUCCCGACAGCCGCCCGCUAACCGCCAAACCAAGCCCCGCCCCUCUUUCCCCUAGCCAAUCACAAGCUGCCGCCCGGGCGCGAGAGUUCGCCGCCGACCUCUUCAGACGUGCCCAGGGAGGAGGGAGGGAAAACGAGGGAGGCGAGAGGAGAGGGAAAACGGAGGGAAGCGAAGUAGGAGAGGAGGCCGUCGUGACUGAGAGAGAAGGGGUGAGCGUGGAGAGGGAUAGAGAACAGAGGGAAGACACACAAACGGAUCAACUGACUAGCGCACCACAGACUUCCACUUCAGCUGGGAACCAAAGUUUGUUGCGACCUUUGCAGGAGGACUCUAUUCAGUGUAGUGCGGUGAUGUCUCCUGCCUCCUCCUCCUCCUCGUCCCCCCCCACUCCUCAUUCUUCUCAGGAAGUAGGCUGCAGCGAGCCGGGAUAUGUCAAUUACACCCGCUUGCAGUACCGCAUGCCACAGCCGGGGGCGCCAGAGCAGGAUGCAGGAGGUUAUGAGGAUGAUAAGGUCCAGCUGCCCUUCACUGUGACUGACCUGAAGGGACGCAACCUACAGCUGGUCACUGGGCCCCACAACGGACAGAGUGUGUGUGUGGAGCAGUUGACUCUGGACUUUGAGUACCUGAUCAACGAGGUGAUCCGGAGCGACGCCCGCUGGGCUCCUCAGUUCUGUUCCUUCAACGACUACGACGUUGUUAUACUGGAGGUGUGUCCAGAGACUAACACAGUGGUGAUCAACAUUGGGCUGCUGCUGCUGGCAUUCUCCAACCCUGAAGAGGAACACUGCAGGCCAAACACCUACCACUCCAGUCUGCAGGUGAGCUGGGACCUCAACACAGGAGUGUGUCACACCGUCGGGGUUGGUGACCUCACUGAGGUCAAGGGUCAGACCAGUGGCAGUGUAUGGAGUUCCUACAGGAAGUCUUGUGUUAACACAGUAAUGAAGUGGCUGGUUCCAGAGAGCAGCUCUCGUUACAUCAACCGCAUGACCAACGAGGCCCUGCACAAAGGUUCCUCUCUACAGGUGUUAGCUGACAGCGACCGGAGCACCUGGAUCAUUCUAUGAGGGACAACAGAGGGGUGUCCUGACACCAGAGCCUCAGACUGUCACACACACACCGACACACACCCAUCCACACACCGACACACACCCAUCGACACACACCCAUCCACAUACAGUAAGCCUGUUCAGCUGCUACAGUAACAGUCAUAGGUUUCCUCCCAAAUGGCACCCUAUUCCACAUGUGGUGCACUACAUUAGACUGUUUCCCUUCAUGACUCUGGUGAGAAGUAGUGCUCUAUAUAGGAACUUCAGACUCCAUUCUGGACCUGGAAACCAGUUCCACUGUUCCCCUCUAAUCAGGGCCUGACUUAGACCUGGAAACCAGUUCCACUGUUCCCCUCUAAUCAGGGCCUGACUUAGACCUGGAAACCAGUUCCACUGUUCCCCUCUAAUCAGGGCCUGACUUAGACCUGGAAACCAGUUCCACUGUUCCCCUCUAAUCAGGGCCUGAUUUACACCUGGGACACCAGGUGUGUGUGUGCAAUUUAAAGAUCAGGUAGAACAGAAAGCGAGCAGGCUCCGGAUCUCGUAGGGUCAGAGUUGGAUACCCCUGAUUUAGACCUGGGACACCAGGUGUGUGUGAGGUAGAACAGAAAGCUCCGGACCUCGUAGGGCCUACGAGGUCAGAGUUGGAUACCCCUGAUUUAGGGAAUAGGAUGCCAUAUUGUCAUGACUCAAUGACGACAUGUCGCCAAUUUGAAUCUGUGCACCUGCCUCUGUGUGUGAUGUUGGAGGAUGGAAGAAACGAGGCAUUCAGUGUGUUUUCCACCUGUUCUGUUUUUGUUUGACUAUAUAAUGUGACAUAAUUUGCACCCAUGGAUCCAGAGCUGGACUGAACAAAGAUGAUUUUACUGCGGGUUUUUAGUUUGUUUGGUGUAAUUUUCCGUUUUAUGACUGUGUGUGAGAGAGGUAUGUAUUCCUCCGAGAUUCUGCUGCUGUUCUCGGGAACCUAAAGGCCACUCCUCUAAACCAGCUCUGUCCAGUUUCAUCUGGUUUUAUCCAGGUCUGAAUCUCCAUGUCUGUCUGAUUGCGACAGAGCCUACACAUGAACUGGAACCAAUCCUGUUAUUUGUCGCUCUGGAGUGACUGACGUUCCCCCUAAGUACAGAUCUAGGAUCAGCUUCCCCUCCCCCAAUCCUAACCUUAACCAUUAGUGGGGGGGGAUUGUAAAACUGACCGCAGAUCAGUGUCUAAGGGCAACUUCACCAUACACCCUGUGUACACCCUUAUUUUACCGUUGACAGAUUUCUUCUUGGUUGCGUCCAAAAUGGCUCCCUAUGUAGUGCACUACGUUUUGUCCAGAGCCUCAAACUCUCAUAGGGCUUUGGUCAAAAGUAGUGCACUACAUAGGGUGUCAGUUCAGAUUGUCCCCUUUAUAAAUGUAUUUGUAUGUGAUGGAGUUAACCUGGGAAUUUUGGGAAAGUUUUCUAGAAAUCCUGGUUGAAGGAUUCCAGAUUAGUCCUUCAUCCCAGGAAUCUUUUUAGGAAAGUUACAACCCUAGAUGGAGCAGAGGCUUAUGGGAUAUGGAGUUAAGCAACUUGUUAUUAUCUGGCUGUAUUUUAACAGACUGGACGGAGAGAGCAUGGUUCACUUGACUAUUUUUUGAUACAAAUAAAUGAUUCACCUUG